AGGCUUGACCUUGAAUCACACUCAUGUCGACCGAUCGCCCAUUGUUUCAAACGAUCGAAACCCGCGCUCUGCUUCGACGGGUGUCAUGUGUCUUCCGGAUUCCGUCCUCGGGCGAUGUGCCAGCUGACACUGCCCCAAGCACUACGCUUCUGUCGUCUGUGGGCGAGCGCACGCGGAUUGUCGCCCUGAACGAUGUUGAGGACGACGAGGACGAGGAGCUCUCGAGUUUGGAAGCAGACCAGUCCUGCGACGACACCGCCACCGCCACACCGACAACCGACGAGACCACCAUCACAAAGCACGAUGCAGGUCCUCAGAGUUCUGAUGCCCAGGCCGAGGUGCCGCUGGGCCAGGCGCCGGUCACCGAGCCGACGAACGGUGCUGCGCCAAGCUGUCUCGUGUUGAAACCACCAAUCACCCGCCAAAACUCAUCCAAGCCGCUGCUCGGUGGCCGCGCUGCUGCUGGGUCCAUGCCCGACGAAACCAGCGCUUCCUCUGCUGUUGAUGCUAAAGUCCGCGCGCAGCACGCAGCCAUCGUCGUCGCCACCGCUUGCACGCUCACUUUGGAACUGGCUCAGGCUGUGCCGCUCAUCGGACUCCGAUUGGUCGUCUCAGCCGGCGCGGUGGAAGUGUCCCUUGACACGCAGGGCUAUCUAACAUCUGCACGCGGUAGUCCUCUGGAUGACGCUGGCACUGCUGCACCCGAUGGCAGCGUAGAACUGCACGAGUUUGAUGUCGAUUUAGCAACACCUGCACAAUGUCGGGUCGUGACGCUCGCUUUCCGUCGCUUUGCCGGGCAUGUCAACAAUUCAGAUAGCAGCAGCAGCAGCAGCAGCAGCAGCAGUGAUAGUGGUACUAGCAGCAACAGCAAUGGCAACAGCUCGAGCUCUCUUCGAAUCCAGUCAAUCGACCUGAUUCUAGACAGCUCGUUUCGGCUGAACGCACCAGGUCAGGAAGGCCCGAAAGCCUCCUCCUCCUCCUCCUCUUUCAACCUAGAUGCUGUGAAAGGAAUGCUCGAAUCAAGGAGCACACCACUGUCGAGCGGGGCACAGGCGUUGCUCAAUUCUCUUGUUCAGCGCGAAGCCAAUGGCGGUCUGAAUGCGGCCUCGAGCGAAAGUUCGUCGCUCAUGUCCCUGAUGAUGAUGGGCUCAACUCUGCUCUCGCGCGUGCCAAAAGCACCACCAACCGCAUCCGAAGCACCGCCUCGGCCCAAUCCUGCCCCGCCGUCUGCCUCCAGCAUACCCCCGAAAGCAGCAACGGAACAGCUGGAACCUCCCAUCGCGCACACUCGGCUCCCGACCUCACAGACAGCACCAAGCACCGAUCUGGCUGCCACGCUUCGACUUGAAAUGCAGCAAAUGGAGCUGCGAUUGAGUGCCAAACUUGACCGCCAGGCAGCCCAGCUGGCUGCCAUCUCCAAACAACUCGAGCAGGUUGUGCAAAUGAGUUCCAUGGCGGUUGCAUUCGCCAGCCGUGGUGGUCGAACAGCCACGCUCACCCAACAAGGCAGCGACACCCAUCCCAACGCUCGGCCACCAAGUGACUCACAGCCGCCGCAGCAUUCUCCACAACAACAGGAACCAAUCGACUAAAAUUGCUGCUGCUGCUGCGGAUGGUUGCCCGCAUCGUGUUGAAGUUUUCUGCACCACGUUCUUGUUCAAUUUCAUAUGUGUGCAAUAGCGGACCGGGUC